AUGUGCUCAAUCUGGCGACAGGAGUAUAUCCUAUUGGCUGUUCAAAAUAUUCGAGAUAAUUUGGGUGAGUCCGCGGUGACCGAGAAGGAUUUGAUGCGCUUUCGACGCAGUGUGAUACAACGAGUUGCUCUCCAGUACUUCGCAAAAGACGAACUCAAAGGUCAUGAUCACACGGACUCCGAUAAUUGUGAGAAUUACGGGGCCACGGGAAUUGUUGAAACACACCAUGUUCCUGGUGAUUCCGCUCAGGUCAGAGUUGUCCAUUCCUCACCUCGUGUGAAAACCAAGAGAUCCAAAGACUCGAAUCGUUCCCUCCAUCGUCAGGUUGUAGAACAUACUUGGGGUGCUCGAUUGGAAAACGGUUUUCAGUCAGCGAAUGGAUGUACCUUAUUUCCAGGUUUGUCACCCACUGUGAGCGAUGGACCGGACAGCCUAUUGGGUGAUAUGAAUCAUGCACUUCAGGACGAGAAAAAUCCAUUAGACGAAUCAAAUACACAACCAACUUCUCUAGUUUCUUCCCCGGCAACGAGUGAUCGAUUACGUCUAGCUUCGCUCAAGGUCCCCCCUGUAAUGGGUAAUGAUGUGCCUGGUUCCAUACCAGUUUCUUCUCGAUCCACAUCCCCCCACACUCCAUCGUCAGCUUCUUCCUGCUCCACAUUAGGAUACUUCUUUGGUUCAGUGUCACAUUCCGAAGACGAUGAUCGACCGGAUAAUGGUCAUCUACCGCCUCCUCCACCAACGGGUACUUCGUCUACUUUUGUAAAUGACCUGUCGUGCCGUCGACGUUCUAAGCGGUCCGCAAGGCGUACCGGUUGGUGGAAUUGGGGAUCCACGCGUCGGAGUAGACCAAAGCGUUCUCGGCAGGAACACUUAUCCAAAAGCGAAUCUACAAACAACAUUUCAACCUCCAAGAGGGCUCCGCGUUCCAAUCAGGAAUCAGCCGUGGUAUGUUGCCUUUUUUGCCGGCACACAACAUAUUGA